CGACAGCAGCACACAGGUGUUCCUAAUUAAUUUAGCCACCGCUAGCUAGCGGUAGCCAAAAGAAAUACGCAAACACUACCAAUUUAACUUUACCUGUGUUUAGCUGCCGCAGAUAAAUGAUGCCUGAUAGAUACACGGUUAAAAACAUUGUUUGAAGAUGAAACAAAGAAGUCGGUUCAGGUUUCGUCGUCUUUAAUUCAGUCUGACUGUGGCAAAAGCAGUGACAGGAUGUUCAGGAAAACGGUGUGGAGGAACACAGUCAGUGACACAGUGAGUUUCCACCAGGAUCAAGCCCUCAACACAACGAUAUUUCUUCUGAAAUCCUAUGGCCCGACAGGAUUUCUGCUGAAAGAGGCGGGAGAGGCUAAAAACUUCAAGGUGUGCUUGGGGGACCCACAUACUUGCACUUGUCCAGUAUUCCACAGGGAGAAGGAGCCAUGCAAACACAUCUGCUGGGUUUUAAUGCGGAAAUUCAGAGUUCCCAGAGAACAUGAAUACUGCUUCCAGCAGGGGCUUGUAGAGAGGCAAAUCUUGGAGGUCCUCCAUGGUUUACACCAGACUAGGACCUGUGGGAUGGAAAACAGCCCCCACACUGCUUCUGAGUCCCCAAGCCAGCUAGGCCCGGUCCAAGAGGAUGGAAAUGUCUGCCGGAAAAUGAUCCAAUCCCAGGAUGUGUGUCCCAUCUGUCAGGAGGAGCUGCAGGAGAAACAGCUGCCUGUGUCUUACUGCAGGUUUGGUUGUGGCAAUAAUGUCCACAUCUCCUGCAUGAAGGUGUGGGCAGAUCACCAGGCACUCUCAGACAAAGAAAUGAUGGUGAGGUGCCCUCUCUGCAGGGAGGACUUCAGCUCUCUGAAGUCCCUGCAGGAGCAGGUGGGAAAUGCAGCCAAGCUCUACACAGCCGCUGAGCGAGAGGCGCCCGACAGACAUCUGGGAGUUCCCUGCCGCAACUGCCGCGUGUGUCCUGUCAUUGGCAAGUGCUUCAAAUGCACUAUGUGUUCUUACUACUACCUGUGUGAAGACUGCUUUAAGAGGGGCUGCCACCAACAGCAUCAGUUUAUUUCAAGAAUGAAAAGGAGAGAGAAGUGGCGCCAUGUGAGUGAGGGCAUGCCUGAUGAAGAUAGAGGAGCAACUUCUAAGCCAGUGAACAACAGCCUCUUUCCUGCUGGCAGGGACCCUCUGCCACAGCAUGUGUUGGGGUGUCUGCCUGUAGUCAGGGUGAGGCCUGGUUCUCGGCUCCUGGACCCGGGACUGCAGUGUCGCAUCUGUCUACAGAGCUUCGUCCUGGGCCAGAGUGUUCGAACCCUGCCCUGUCUUCAUAAGUUCCACACAGACUGUGUGGACGGGAUCCUGCAGAAGUUGAACUCCUGCCCCCUUGACGGCUACAUCAUUUACAGUCCUCUGACUUGGAGUACCAAUGACAGGAAGACCUCCUCUAAGCUGGCCUCCAGCCUUUCCAGUAACCAGGCCAAGCCACCCCAGAAUAACAUGGAAGAUCUGUUUAUACCCGGAUUGCCACUGCUGCCUUCCCACGAUGCACCGAACUCAAAGGUCUCCUCCAUACCUUUAAGCAUCCCACAAAAUCUAAUCACUAAAAGGUUACAAGGUUUGCAUAUAAAUACAGUGGACACUGUGUCAAAAGAAGGAAAGAAGGAAUAUCUGAAAGCUAAAACUCUUGACAGGUUUGUUUUUCCUAAGAAUUCUUCCAGUGGCAGACUAUGUAAAUGUCAUCCAGGUAGCACACAGGGCACCUGUGGCACUUACUCAGAACAGACACUGGCACAUCACAGAGCUGCCUCACCUCAUGGAUCUGCAGUGGCAGAAACUGGAGAAGAAGUACAUGCAGAUCUUUUUGUGGGUUCAAGGAGACCAGAGCCAGAUCACACACCUGUGGUGACCUUUCCUGCCCUGCGUACAAGGCUGCAACCCAAACCAAGAGCUACAGUUACCAAGCAAGACGCAAACAACAGACUUGUUUCACAGCUAAGCUUGACUGGUGUUUUGAUAAACACACAGCAGCAGAGGAAGAAAAUGUCAUAAAAAUGAUUUGUAACCAACUUUUGGGACCUUUAAAAUGGCUUUAUUCAAGGGUAAUUUCCUUGUGUUUAAAUCUAUGGAAAAUUAUAAAUACGCCCAGUUUUCUCAAUUAAGUUACUGGGUUUUCACUAACAUUAUUUCCCAUAAAGUUUAGGUUAAUAGAAUGAAAGAAAGCCAUUGUAGAGAUACUUUAAGAUUUGUUGAUAUUUGUGAAAUACUGCUUUUGUUGCCACUGUUUGUAUUGAUGGUUUCAGAUUGCUAAGGUUACAUUUCUAUAAAACAUUCGUGAAACUGCU